AUGCAUAGCAAUUCUUCAGAUGAACUUGAUGAGCAUAUUAAAUUAAGAUCUCAAUCUCCUUCUUUAUUUGUUUUAAGUGAACAAGAAACAGAAAAUGAAAAAGAUAUUGAUUUUGUAGAAACUGAAGCAGAAGAAGAACAAGAAAUUUCAAAUCAAGGAGACACUACAGAAGAAAAUAAAAAUGAUAUUACAGAAGAUGUUGAAGAUAUUCCACUUGAUGUUAAUUUACAUGGAGAAGCAUUUGAAUCUAUUAUUAUUGCAUAUGGCCAACAAUUUGCUAAAGGAAAAAGUGUUACAAUUAAAGAAUUAGUUGAUAUGAAAGAACGAAUUCAAAGUGCAGGUCAAAAACUAGAGAAAAUUCCAUUAUGGUUAGAUAUUUCACCCAUUACUGAUGAUUGUGCAAAUGGAAUAAGAGAUAUUUUUGAAUUACACCCAUUAACUGUAGACGAUUGGUUUACAAAAGAGUCAAGAGAAAAAGCAGCAUUUUUUGAGAAUUAUUUUGCUAUUACAAUAAAUGAAAUGAGAUAUAUGGAUGAUACUAAUAUAUUAAAAACAUAUUUGUUAUAUAUUGUUAUUCAAAAGAAUAUUGUACUUACUGUACAUUCAGAACCAAUUAUUGCAGUUAACGAAGUAAGAACAAGAAUAUCAAAAAAAUAUCAAGGUUCAUUUCCUAGUGCACACUGGGUAUUAUAUGCUAUUUUAGAACUUAUUAUUUCAAAUUAUUCAUUAAUAAAUGAAAACUUAUAUUCAGAUGUUGAAACAAUAGAACAAUUAUCACUUGUUUCAAUACAUAAUGAUCAAGAUGAGUUUUUAGGAAGAAUUGGAGAUCUUAAGAAACGAGCUAAAGUACUUCAAUUUCUUGUUUUAGCAAAGAAAUCAUUUUUACGAUUUAUAUUAAAAUCAAAGUCAAGGAUGGUAUCAAAGAAUCUUAAAAUUUAUUUAAGAGAUAUUUUAGAUGAUACAUUAAGACUAUUAGAAAAAUUACAAUCAUUGAUUGGUUCAAUUGAAAAUCAUCAAGAAACAUACUUAGCUAAAAUUACUUUAAGUGUUAAUAGAUAUAGUGAAGAAGAAAAUAAAUUAAUGAAAGAUUUUGGAGCAAUUGCAAUAUUAUUUUUACCUAUGGCAUUUAUUGCAUCAUUGUUUGGUAUGAACGUUACUGUUCCAGGAAAAGAUAUUCAAAAUUUAUUAUGGUUUAGUAUUAUUAUGAUAAUUUGUCUUGUAUGGUUUGUUGUUGGUAUGAUUUUUUUUAAGAACUCACGUUGUUUUUAA